AUAAAGGUAAAAUUUGUACAGCUAACUACCCAACGCCACGUGACUAACUGCCCUUAUAUAUAUUCCUUCUCAUUUCCUUUCAUUUCCACUCUUCUUCCAACAACUCGUUCUCCACUCACUUCUCCUUCGUUUCACCCACCCGAGUUACAUCAAAUCAGAUAUAUCUGUUUCUCAAUCAUGGCUACUGGUCAACUAUUCUCCCGUACUACACAAGCUCUGUUUUAUAACUACAAGCAGCUUCCUAUACAGCGGAUGCUUGAUUUUGACUUCCUUUGUGGAAGGGAAACACCAUCAGUUGCUGGAAUAAUUAAUCCGGGUUCUGAGGGAUUUCAGAAACUCUUUUUUGGUCAGGAGGAAAUUGCCAUCCCAGUUCAUGCUUCCAUUGAAGCAGCUUCUGCUGCACAUCCUACUGCCGAUGUCUUUAUCAACUUUGCAUCGUUUAGGAGUGCUGCUGCAUCAUCCUUGUCUGCUUUGAAGCAGCCUACAAUUAGAGUUGUUGCUAUUAUUGCUGAAGGAGUACCCGAGUCAGACACUAAGGAAUUGAUUGCAUAUGCCCGGGCGAACAAUAAGGUUGUUAUUGGCCCAGCCACUGUUGGAGGCAUUCAAGCUGGCGCUUUUAAAAUUGGUGAUACAGCUGGAACAAUUGACAAUAUAAUCAAUUGCAAGCUCUACAGGCCCGGAUCUGUUGGAUUUGUCUCUAAAUCUGGUGGGAUGUCCAACGAAUUAUACAACUCCAUUGCCCGCGUAACUGAUGGCAUUUAUGAAGGCAUUGCCAUUGGAGGAGAUGUUUUCCCAGGUUCCACUCUAUCUGACCAUGUUCUACGGUUUAACAACAUACCCCAGGUUAAAAUGAUAGUAGUACUUGGAGAGCUCGGUGGGCGUGAUGAAUAUUCCUUAGUGGAAGCCCUAAAACAAGGGAAAGUGACCAAACCUGUGGUUGCCUGGGUUAGUGGAACAUGUGCAACACUCUUCAAAUCGGAAGUACAGUUUGGUCAUGCUGGAGCUAAAAGUGGUGGUGAUUUGGAGUCUGCUCAAGGAAAGAAUCAGGCACUAAGAGAAGCUGGAGCUGUUGUUCCUACUUCAUACGAAGCUUUUGAAACUUCAAUUAAAGAAACAUUUGAAAAAUUGGUUGAAGAAGGGAAAACAACACCAGUGAAGGAAUUUACUCCUCCACAAAUCCCCGAGGAUCUUAGCACUGCAAUCAAGAGUGGAAAAGUUCGUGCUCCAACUCAUAUUAUUUCCACCAUUUCUGAUGAUAGAGGUGAGGAACCGUGCUAUGCUGGUGUACCCAUGUCUUCCAUUAUUGAAAAGGGUCUUGGUGUUGGUGAUGUUAUCUCUCUUUUGUGGUUCAAACGAAGCCUACCCCGUUACUGUACUCAAUUUAUUGAGAUAUGCAUCAUGUUAUGUGCCGAUCACGGUCCUUGUGUUUCUGGUGCUCACAAUACUAUUGUGACCGCAAGGGCUGGAAAGGACCUAGUUUCCAGUCUAGUAUCAGGUUUGCUUACAAUUGGUCCACGAUUUGGGGGUGCCAUUGAUGAUGCGGCUCGCUACUUCAAGGAUGCUCAUGACAGGGGGCUUACACCUUACGAGUUUGUUGAAGGUAUGAAAAAGAAGGGUAUUCGUGUGGCAGGAAUAGGGCACAGGAUCAAGAAUAGGGACAACAAAGAUAAAAGAGUUGAGCUAUUACAGAAGUUUGCACGCACACAUUUUCCUUCUGUGAAAUACAUGGAGUAUGCUGUUCAAGUUGAAACCUACACUCUCACCAAGGCAAACAAUUUAGUUCUGAAUGUAGAUGGUGCAAUUGGAUCUCUUUUCUUAGAUCUUCUUGCUGGUAGUGGAAUGUUCACCAAGCCAGAGAUUGAUGAAAUUGUCGGGAUUGGAUACUUGAAUGGGCUCUUUGUGCUAGCACGCUCCAUUGGUCUGAUCGGACAUACCUUUGACCAGAAGAGAUUGAAACAACCACUAUACCGCCACCCAUGGGAGGAUGUACUCUACACCAAAUAAGAGGUUUUUUAUGGCUGGAAGAACUUUGCAGUGUUUCAAAUUAGCAAUCUCUUGGAAAAUCAUGCCUGAAGUAUGCUAGAUUGAUUUUUUAGCAGCCAAAUUAGUGUUGUAAGAUGUUUAAAAGUCAUAUUUCAUUCGUAGUUUGUAUUAAAUUUCAAAAGAAAUAACAGGCAAUUUUAAACUGAA